AUGGAAGAGCAUGUCCCAGUGCUAAAUUUAAACGAAGUGAUGGUCGACUUGUGCGCUCGUUUUGUGAUCAAUAAUCCAUCAAACGAAUACACCGACCCGAUGCGUUUUCUUUUUCUGUUAGAGCUAGCCCAUUGGUAUUACAUGGAUAAUUGGAUUAAAAGAUUGCCCUAUCUUCCGAUGAUUGUCGAUUUCAAAGUCUUUGUCGUGACGUUUGUGAAAGAAGUGAGGUGGAGCGGGUUCGACUUGCGAAACGUUGACAGUGAGAUCGACAAGUGGAAGGUGUACAAAUCACGAAUUCCAGUCGUCGGCGCACUCUUGCUCAAUGAGGCAAUGACACAUGUGAUUAGAGUGAAGUCCCCUUACAGCUCUCACUACUCUUUUCCGCGCGGUAAAAUGAAUAAACAGGAAGAUCCCCGAUUCAGUUGCAUGAGAGAAAUUAAAGAGGAGACUGGCGUGCAACUGACACUCGAACAAUGCAAACCAGAGUUUUCAUUUACAGUCGAGAGUAAACAACGAACUUCAAAUCAUCAAACAACAUAUUACGUUGUUCCAGCAAUCCCAAUGGAUGUCGAGUUUAAACCUAUGUGUAAGGAAGAAAUAGGAGAUGUGAAGUGGGACCCUAUAGAAAAGAUCGAGACAAGAGAUCCAGAAAAAGAGAAGUUGCUCGAGAUCAUCGAGAAAAUAAAAAAAAGCAAUUGA